CGGGCCGCAAGCAGCCACCGAGCCGCCCCAGCCGCGGCCCGCCGCCUCUUAAAGGGAGGUGGCCGGCCUUAAAGGACCCUCGACUCCCAGCUGGCGGGAGCGCUGCCGCCCGGUUGGCGCAGGGCCGCGCCGAGCCAGGCGGGCCCCUGCGGCGCCCCGGCGCAGGCCCGGGCCCCGCCGCCGCCGCCGCCGGAGCCGCAUUUUUAUUCAGGCGACGCUUAAGGGAGCCCGGCCGCGCCCGGUGCAUUGUGGGAGCGGCCCGCGGCCCGCUCUCGGGAGGAGGCGGAGGGCGCAAAGCGAGCCGGUGGAUCUGUCAAGAACUCAGCCAGCCGGGAGCGGGAGGGGAGGGGCUGAGCGUGAGGAGUGGGCCCAAGAACCAUGUCUACUCGGGAGUCCUUUAACCCGGAGAGUUACGAGUUGGACAAGAGCUUCCGGCUAACCAGAUUUACCGAGCUGAAGGGCACAGGCUGCAAGGUGCCCCAGGAUGUCCUGCAGAAAUUGCUGGAACCUUUGCAAGAGAACCACUUCCAAGAAGAUGAGCAGUUUCUGGGAGCUGUUAUGCCAAGGCUUGGCAUUGGAAUGGAUACUUGCGUCAUUCCCCUGAGGCACGGAGGUCUUUCCUUGGUGCAAACCACAGAUUACAUUUAUCCUAUUGUAGACGACCCCUACAUGAUGGGCAGAAUAGCAUGUGCCAACGUCCUCAGUGACCUCUACGCAAUGGGGGUCACAGAAUGUGACAAUAUGCUGAUGCUCCUUGGAGUCAGUAAUAAAAUGACUGACAGGGAAAGGGAUAAAGUGAUGCCCCUGAUUAUACAGGGUUUUAAAGAUGCAGCAGAGGAAGCAGGAACAUCUGUAACAGGUGGCCAAACAGUAUUGAACCCCUGGAUUGUCUUGGGAGGAGUCUCAACAACUGUCUGCCAGCCAAAUGAAUUUAUCAUGCCAGAUAAUGCAGUGCCCGGGGACGUGCUGGUGCUGACGAAACCCCUGGGGACACAGGUCGCCGUGGCCGUGCACCAGUGGCUGGAUAUUCCAGAAAAAUGGAAUAAAAUUAAACUAGUGGUCACCCAAGAAGAUGUCGAGUUGGCAUACCAAGAAGCCAUGAUGAACAUGGCCAGACUCAACAGGACAGCUGCAGGACUCAUGCACACGUUCAAUGCCCACGCAGCCACCGACAUCACAGGCUUUGGGAUUUUGGGCCACGCACAGAACCUGGCCAAGCAGCAGAGGAAUGAGGUGUCCUUUGUGAUUCACAAUCUUCCCGUGCUGGCCAAGAUGGCUGCGGUGAGCAAGGCCUGUGGAAACAUGUUUGGCCUCAUGCACGGGACCUGCCCGGAGACAUCAGGAGGCCUUCUGAUUUGUUUACCACGAGAGCAAGCAGCUCGGUUCUGUGCAGAGAUAAAGUCCCCUAAAUACGGUGAAGGUCACCAAGCAUGGAUUAUUGGGAUUGUAGAGAAGGGCAACCGCACAGCCAGGAUCAUAGACAAACCCCGGAUCAUCGAAGUCGCACCACAAGUGGCCACUCAAAAUGUGAAUCCCACACCCGGGGCCACCUCUUAAUCUAGACAGAAACAGCCGUUUGGUUUUGUUUUUAAAUAGAUCUAUUUCCUUUAUCAUCACUUCAAUUAAAGACUCUAAACGACAAAAAAUCUCAUUGUGUCUCCACAUCUGGUGACCUUAGGUCGAUUUGUGAGUGGAUACAAUUAAUAAAAUAAAAUCCAUUGCCUUUUUUCCUGUUACAUUAACUGAAGAUGCACCUAAUCUUGAGGCAGCUUCUGAGUUGAGAAUUAUAUUGUUAUCCAAUACUGUUGAUUCAUUUUGAAUCUUUAGACACUUAUCUCUUGCCGCAUAGGCUCUUUUUAAAGGUGCUUUCACCUAGCACAGACAUUACCAAUAGUAGUGUCAAAUAGUGGUCAUGUCUUUUCAUUUUAUGUGUAUUUAUCAUAUAAGUCUGAUCUUUUUUUUUUAAGUGUCUUGAAUGGUAUUCUGGAAAGACAGCACUGGUAAGUGGCAGGACGGUCUCCCAGUAAUAGGAGGGUUGCAUGAUUCCUUUGAGUCUUUGAUUUGUAAAGCCUAGUCUUAUCAUUCAAGGGCAGCAUCUUGGACCCAGGACAUUCUCCAGUAGUGCAUUCAGUCCCACAGGCAAGUGCUUCACACUGCAUGGAAAGCACUUUGAAGACUAAAAAGAAAUCUUACUUUUUUUUUUUUUUUGUAGUCUUCCUGAUAUUUACAGUAAUACCAUUAACUGUUUUCUUUGAUAGCAAAAAAAGGAUACUUUUUGCAAUGUAAUUAGAUGUUCUAUAGCGCAGCAAGGAAUUGCCUUCCGAAAGGGGGCUCAUGUAUAAUACUCACUUACAAUUCAGUAUAUCAUUAACUACACAAAGAAUUUUUAAAUAUAAUCAAUAAUAAAGACUGUUCUGUGGAUGGUAGUGUUAAAUACAUUUUAUAUUUUGUAUAGUGAUUUCAGGCCUUUUGUUCUCUCAAAAUCAGUGGCUCUUUAGCCUGAUUCUUAGCAUUAUUUUGUCUUUUGCGCCAGUUACUUUUUCCGUGCACGCUUUUUGUGAUCUGUGUUAAAAAUCUGCAUCGCCAACAUUGCAGCUUGAACUUAAACUUGUUAUUCAAAUAAAUAUUUAAUUUUUUUAAUUGCUCUUGUAUAAUCAGAUGCCCCUUUUUAGUAUUAUUUUAGAAGCACUGGGAGGAUUUUGCCUAAAGUACAACUUACUGGGGGGAAACUAGAUUUUAGUUUUAUAAAACGUUCAAGUCUUUCAUGGGACCUAUAUUUUCUUGAAUUAAAUUUUGUAGUUCUAGAAUGAAUAGGCAAUCUAAAAAGGUGUCACCUGUGUUACUUAAAACCAGAGGCUUUCUUAUAUUUUAACCUAUUAAACAGUUAGGGGGGGAUUCCUGUCAUUAAGCACAAGGGCACUAAAUCCUCAAGUGUCUGUCUUCAUAAAAGAAAACCCACCACGUCCUUCAAGUUUCUGAAUGCUUCCUGCUUACAGGCACCAAAGCCGUACGUGUAAACCGAUCCACUUCUUGCCAAAGGAAACCACCACUGGGAAGAUGACGCUCCCGGGAAGAGGCUUUAGCGUGGAUCCGCCCUCCUCUCUCAGGACCCAACGGGCAGCCUUUAUGCAUGUGCAGCUGGACCUCGAGCCAUCAGUGCGGAGUGCAGUACAGGAGAGGCUGCUGUGGAACUGAAAUUAACUGGACAUUUGAUAGGAAUUUAUACGGAUGUUGGUUCUCAAAUGCUACAAACCAGUGGUCUGCAAAAUAAAAUGUGUUGGAAACCUCU